AUGGCUAGAAAGAUGCCGAAACCCGAUCCGGAGAGGAGAUCUUGCGCUAACAUGCGUGAACGUCAACGAGUCUCCAAAUUGAAUGGAAUGUUCGAGGUGCUCAUUGGACGUCUUCCACCAUCUCUGUUCAAGAAUAAGCUUUCUCGUGCUCAGGUUCUCAGGUAUGUAAAGAAAUAUAGGUGUACUGCAGCAGAAGUUCUUCCACGUGCCGCUCCUGUUGCCGAUCCUUGGUUUCUUCCACGUGCUCCUCUUGUUCCACGGGUUUGUACUGUCCUUGGUCGUCCUCUGACGUCGUUUCUUCUUCCAGUGUGCAAAACUGAGACCGGAACGUCGGUUGAAUCACUGUCCGAAGAAUGGUCCGUUCGAAACAGAAUUCGUCACAAUUGGAACACGUGGGAAUACACUGAAGGAGAAGAAAUGACUGAGGAUGAAGAGUACACUGAAGGAGAAGAAAUGACUGUGGACGAGGAUUACACUGAAGAAGAAUAA